UUGUUUAUGUUCACAAUAAAUAAUGGCUCUCGCUAAUAUCUCUGGAAUUCCUGAUAAACACUGGCAGCCCCCCUUCGUUAAUUUGGAAACAACGAUGGGAGAAAUUGUGAUUGAGUUGUAUUGGAAACAUGCACCACUGACUUGUAGAAAUUUUGCUGAAUUGACAAGACGGGGGUAUUAUAACGGGACCAAGUUUCACAGGAUUAUCAGGGACUUCAUGGUACAAGGUGGAGAUCCCACUGGAACUGGAAAGGGUGGAGUUUCCAUUUAUGGGGAGUGUUUCAAUGAUGAAAUCCAUGAUGAUCUGAAGCACACAGGCGCAGGAAUUUUGUCAAUGGCCAAUUCAGGCCCAGACAGUAAUGGAUCGCAAUUUUUCAUUACUUUGGCUCCAACCCAAUGGCUCGAUGGAAAGCACACGAUUUUCGGGAGAAUACACAUUGGAAUGAACGUAGUGAAACGAAUUGGCCUAGUCGAAACCGAUAAGAACGAUCGUCCAAUCGAUGAAGUAAAAAUUGUUAAAGGAUCAAUAAAAAAUUCCUAAUUAAAAAAACAAUAAAUUUUAUAAUUUCCAGAAUAAUAAAUACUCGUAAUACUGCUUUAUCACA